AUGAACAACUUGCAGGAACAGCAGGACAACGGCUCCUCCCCUGCUGCCGAUUCUGUAAACCUUGUCACGUCGGCGUCCGACUCCUCCGCCCUACUUCGUCCCUCCACGCAGGCUCCAUCAACCUCAGCUGUUUCUCGUUCUCAAUCUCCGGCCAAACGACUAAAGUCCGAAGAGCUAUCUUCAGCCGAGCUUGUCAGCGUUCUGGAGCCGAUGGAUGAGGACACGGUAAUGCCUUCUGCGGAGGAGAAGAGCGGGAGGGAGUCUUCGGUGGAAAUGGCCGACGGUAGUGUGGCGUCCUCUGAGGGUAAUGGGGAGGUCGCCCGUAUCGAUGCUAUUUCAGCGACGGCGUCGAUAGCCCCCUCUACUGCGACCACUGUUGGGUCUACUCAGCCAUCUUCCACCUCCGCCACUUCGGUAUCUUCGGUUUCCAUACCAUCGCUGGAGGAUCAGGCUCACUUUAUUCUAAAAUCUAAAUUUGAGACCAAGCUGAACGAAGGUGAUUUGGGGUAUAUCAUCUCCGGCCGCUGGCUGAAUCGACUCUUGGCAAGGUCCUCGGACUGGGGAGUUCAACUCACGAAAGAGGAUGCCGAAAGUGAGAUAGGGCCCAUAGACAACUCUGAUUUGGUGGACGAAACUCAGAUGCAAGGUCAAGCCAAGAAUACUUCGGACGAUAGUACGUUCUCAAGUCUGCCGUUCCUUUUUCCUGGAUGUGGAGGCGGACAGCCCAUUUCCUCCACGCCGCUAUCUAAGACGCCGGUUCUCAGUACUGACAGGACAUUUCAUGAAGGGGAAAAUGACGAGGAUUCGGCUGUUCCGGAGGACUUUGUCGCUAUCAAGCCGGGCACUUUAGGCGAUGACUUCGAGAUUCUACCGGAGGAAGCCUGGAAUUCGCUUGUUUCUUGGCACGGUCUAGCUGAAGGCUCCCCCGUUAUUACGCGGCGAGCAGUCGAUACUUCUGAGACGAUUAUUCCACACAUCCAAUAUGAGAUCUACCCGCCUGCAUUUACGCUUUAUAAACUCCGAGAUCCUAGCACCAAUGUAACUAGGGACUUGCUGGAUAAGGAGAAGUUGCAGUCGCCAAUGAGAAUCACCGCAGGCAAAACUGACAGCUUCCAAAAACUCUUGAGAAAGGUAAAGAAGUUGGCGGGUGUGGAUGCCGCGAGGAAAAUUCGUCUUUGGAGGAUAAUAGAGAACUCAUCUGAGCACGAUUUGGAGUCUACUAGUAAACCGUCAAGAAAGGGUGGAAAAGAAAAGGACAUUGGGCCCUUCAAGCAGUUGGUGAUUGAUUUGCAACCCUUCCUGGACCUGAAUAUCGGUGCCGAACGGGAGUUGGUGGAACUCAGGGAUCAAUCUAACGAUCCAAAGUACAAUGGCAGUAUGAAGAUUAGCAUGGCGGGCUUGGGUGCUGGUGGCCCAAUUGUCAUCGAAGAGCAGGGCUCAGAUGGUGAAUGGAUCAGCGAGAAACCGACCAAGUCUGUAAGGAAGGGUGGCCAGCAGGUUACCGUGGCUCUCAAUGGAAAGAAUGUUGUGGGGGGGCCGGGGAAGAAGAAGGCUUCAGCAAGGCCGGAUAGCCCUUCUGGGAGUCUGAGCGCUGCUGUUAUCAGGUCCGGAUUUCCUAACAGGCUAGCAGAGCGUCGGGAGGGUAGACCCUUAGGGAAAUGUGGGCUAAGCAACUUGGGUAAUACCUGUUAUAUGAACAGCGCCCUGCAGUGCUUGCGCAGCGUUGCCGAAUUGUCGGGUUACUUUCUUGGUAUGACCUCUUCUGUUCCUCGGUUGCUACCUUCAUAAUGCGUAUUCUAAUGAAGCGAUUGCACAGGCAAUAAGUACACGGAGGAGCUGAAUCCUAAUAAUCCACUUUCUCAUAGCGGGAAGGUAGCAAAGGCGUAUGCAACUCUCCUCGGAUAUAUCUUCUCGCCGACAUGCCCCGGAUCGGUAUCGCCUAGGGAGUUCAAAAGCACUAUCAGUCGCUUCAGUUUGUCGUUCUCAGGGUAUGGGCAACAGGAUACUCAGGAGUUUCUGGCGUUUCUUCUCGAUGGUUUGCAUGAGGACCUUAACAGGAUUCAGAAGAAGCCAUACAUUGAAAAGCCAGAGUCGACCGAUGAGAUGGUUGGAGAUAACGAGGCGAUUGCAGGGCUCGCCCAAGAGCAUUGGGCCAUAUAUAAGCAGAGAAACGAUUCGGUCAUUGCGGAUUUGUUUGGUGGGCUUUAUCAGAGCACUCUUGUGUGCCCUGAUUGCGAGAAAGUUAGCAUUACCUUCGAUCCUUUUAUGGACCUGACGCUACCACUGCCGGUCGAGAAUGUUUGGGGCCGAGACAUAUACUUUUUCCCUAGCAGCGCCUCUGGUAGGGGAUUGAUCAAGAUUCCAGUAGAGAUGGACAAAAACAGCAGCAUCAAAUCAUUGAAAGAGCAUCUUGCAAAAAAGUUUAAUCUUGAUCCUAAGAAGGUGUGUUUAUUUUCAAUGACCGAGCUUGUGUAGCACUGAUUUCUUAACUGAUUUUUUUUUCCCCUUCCUUUGCGCUAGACUAUGGCUUCGGAAGUUUACAAGGGGAAAUUCUUCAAACACUAUGAAGAUUUCCAGACUGUUUCGGAAACGAUUCGACAGGAUGAUGAUGCCUUCUUCUACGAGUUGGAUGAUGCCCCGACUAACUAUCCCCCAUCAAAAGGCAAGAAGCCAAGGAGGACUGGCUUCUAUGGACCGAGUUAUGGUCGAUUUGAUGAUGACGAUGAUGUGCCUGACCCGGACGCCCCCGAGUGCGACCAGCUGCUUGUCCCUAUAUUUCAUAAGGUGCAGAAACAGAAUCGCUACGGAUUAGGCUCGACGACCGAAGUAUUUGGAUUGCCUUUCUUCAUUGUAGUAAAUAGGGAUGAGGUGAGAAGCCUUGAUGCGAUCAUGAGGAAGAUUGUCAAGAAGUAUCAGGUGUUGACCACCCGCGAUUUCUACGAGAGCGAGGCGUCCCCAAGCGAAUCCGAAACAGAGGCAGUGGAGGUCAAGGAUGAACUCGAGGAUAUAAACGAGACGGGGGAAGAGACAGAUGAUGGAUUCGUGGAUGUUUCGAUGAAGGAUGCUUCAUCUAUGGUCGGGUCAGAUAGAAAGACUGCGAAGAGUCCAAGACGGCCGCUCCCGCCGGGAAUACACGAUCUUUUCACCGUUAAAGUCACAAAACGAAGAUCAGGUGACUCCGCUGUCGUAACAGGGUGGCAAUCGCUAGAGACCGCUUUUGAUAUCAGGGAACGGUUAAAUCGUGAGCAAUCGGCUAGUCCUCCACGGCGCAAGACCAACGACUACUUCACCAGCGCCGGUCUGUCUGGAAGGGCCAGCCCUGCUAGCGAUGUGAGUGAUAACGAUUUUCAAGAUGCUCCGGAGCCCGAGCAAGAUAUGAUGCAAGAUGUGAGCGACGAUGAACAUGCUGGGGCAUCUUCGUUCGGUGCAUCUGCGGAAUACACGCGGGCUAAUUUCGACACUACCCCCCCCGACCACUUCUAUGGGAAUAGUAGUGGCAACCCUUCUUGUCGCGAAUUCAAGACCCCGACCCGAUCAUUGAGCCCGUCUCUCGCCGACGAUCCGCCGCUCAUCAUGUGGGGAGAAGGCCUCAUUUGUGAGUGGAGCACUGAGGGCUACGACAGCAUGUUUGGUGGCGAAUCUAGUGAUGACCUCCGCGGUAUCCCAUUAUUCUACAAUGUACCCCUUAUUCAAGACCAGGAACUGGAAUUACGGCGCCGCCGCCGGGAUGAGCGAAAGAGGAAGGGAAUUCACCUUGAGGAUUGCCUCGAUGAGUUCGCUAAGGAAGAGAUUCUCUCUGAGGAAGACCCCUGGUAUUGCCCGCGCUGUAAAGUUCAUAGACGCGCUAGCAAAAAGUUUGAGCUGUGGAAGUGCCCAGAUAUUCUUGUCAUCCAUCUUAAGAGAUUUUCCAGUUCGAGGAAUUUUAGGGACAAGAUUGAUGUCUUGAUUGACUGUCCCGUCACCGGGCUAAACCUCCAAGAACGAGUUGGGCUCAAGGAGGAAGGAAAGAGUUUGGUCUACGAUCUGAUUGCGGUAGAUAAUCAUUAUGGCGGGUUAGGGGGUGGUCAUUACACAGCUUUUGCAAAGAGCUGGAUCGAUGGCAAAUGGUAUCAUUAUGACGGUUUGCCUGCCCCAAUUCUGCGCUUUAAAGUUGCUGGGAUUUCUAAUAAAUUUAUAGAUUCUAGUGUUCGGGAAGUUAGUGAACAGAAGAUUAUUACCCCAGCUGCGUACCUCCUUUUCUACCGCCGCCGAUCCGAAACCACACUCGGUGGGCCGCGCCUUAACAGGAUGUUGAGCGAAUCAACAAAUUCAUCAGGCUCAGCUUCCUCUUCACGGAGUACGUCACCUACCAGGGCGGGGGAAGGUGGACCGUCCGACGAUUCCUCAGUAACAGUUUUACUGAAUGGCCGAUCGUCGGGCGGUGGUACGAGCGGAUUGUCGACUAUCUAUAGCGGUGCGGGUAACGCUAAGCUUUGGGGUGAUGAGCCACCACCAUAUUCCGAGAGUACCGGAAUGGAACUGGUUUUGGUGCCAAAAACACAGGGUUCACCUGCUUCUAGCAAAGCACCAAACGUAGGAUUCGGCUUUGGCUCGAGUUUGGCCGACAAAGAUGAACUGCUGGGGGAUACUGAUGACAGCGUGUUUAUUGGCCCCUUACUUGAUCAGGCAGAACAAACCGAUAUACCCACGGACAUCAGGGUCGAUGACGGUGAGGAUGGGCUGUUGCCGACGCUGAGUGAUGAAAAAAAUGAUACAAUUGAGUCUCACAACGCCGCCGAUAAUAUGGAGUCAUAA